GGAAAAAGUCUCUAGCAGCGCCAUCACGAUCCUUUCCCUCGUCGCGAACGAGGGCCGCUAUUUCAACGUCGCUUCUCAGCGAUAUCUAUCUCCACCUUUUCUCCUGAUAAUCAAUUCGUCUCCAUCACCCAUAAUCCUUCAAAAUGGCGCACAAAUUCGUAGUCACAGCCUUUCUAACAGGCUCCCGAAUCCUCGGUCGAUCAUUUGUCGCAGCUUACAAGCAGGCUCAGGCUGCUUCAGCGUACCAGCGAGCGCAGGCCAAGGCUGGCAACCCAUCCGCCGGUGCCUCUCUCUCCUCUGGCAUGACUCUCGAUGAGGCAUGCAAGAUUCUCAACGUCAAGCCCCCGGCUGGUGGACAAGCCAAUGUCGAAGAGGUUCUGUCACGUUAUAAGCGACUGUUUGACGCCAACGAUCCUCAAAAGGGUGGCAGUUUCUAUCUUCAGAGCAAGAUUGUAAGAGCAAAGGAGCGAUUCGAGCGAGAGAUCGGUCCUAUACGGGAGAAGAUGGAGCAAGAGGCUGAAAUCAAAGAGGGUUUCAAGCCCAAGGUCUACAAGGACUGACGACUCUCCUUGUGCAAAUAAAACUGGAAAAAGCAACACUUGUACGAUGACCUCGUAAAGGAGUUCUGAGGGACGGGAGGGAGGAGUUUACUUUCUCCAUGUAUACAAUGUACAUCU